AUGGAUUGCGCCGUGCCCUUCUGCCACAUGGGUUGCCCUCUCGGGAAUGUAAUCCCCGAUUUCAACCACCAGGUCUACCUUGGCAACUGGCAGGCCGCAUUGGACGUACUGCUGAGCACCAACAACUUCCCUGAGUUCACCGGGAGGAUCUGCCCGGCGCCCUGCGAAGCUUCAUGCGUCCUCAGCAUUAACGCCGAUCCCGUAACCAUCGAGUACAUCGAGAAAGAGAUUAGCGACCGGGGUUUCGAGCAAGGCUGGAUCAAACCCAUGCCGCCCGCCACACGCAGCGGCAAAAAGGUGGCCGUCGUUGGCAGCGGACCCGCCGGCCUGGCCACCGCGCAGCAGCUGAAUCGCGCCGGACACCAGGUUACGGUGCUGGAACGCGCCAAUCACAUCGGUGGACUUUUGAUGCUGGGCAUUCCCGACUUCAAACUGGAAAAAUCGGUCGUCACCCGUAGGGUGCAGUUGAUGCAAGAGGAAGGCAUUGAGUUCCGAACCGGCGUCCACGUUGGCGUUAAUCACCCUGCCGAACAGUUGCUGCAGGAAUAUGAUGCCAUUUGCCUGGCCGGAGGCUCCACUCAAGCCCGCGAUCUGAAUGUGCCGGGGCGCGAAUUAGAUGGUGUACACCUGGCAAUGGAAUAUCUCCCCCAGCAAAACAGGGAGCUGAUCGGCGAGACGGUGCCGGAUCGGAUCUCGGCAGACGGAAAGCGAGUGGUUAUUCUGGGCGGCGGCGACACCGGCGCCGACUGCCUGGGAACCGCCCACCGCCAGGGAGCUGAAAUCGUCCGCCAGUUCGAGUUGCUGUCCGAACCUCCCACAGAACGCAACGACGAUAACCCCUGGCCUCUGUGGCCGAUGGUAUUGCGUACGUCCGGCGCCCACGAAGAGGGCGGCAUUCGCGACUACAACAUUCUCACCAAAUCGUUCGGCGGCGACGGCGGGCAAGUCAAAACUAUCAAUGCCGUCCGCGUGGAUUGGUCAAAGGACGAAGACGGUCGGUUCCAGAUGUCUGAGGUGCCCAACAGCGAAUUCAGCGUCGAUGCCGACCUGGUCCUGCUGGCUAUGGGCUUCCUGCACCCCGAACACGAUGGGAUGCUUGAACAGCUGGGAGUCGAACUCGAUGGCCGCGGCAACGUUCAAGUGGACGCCAACAAGAUGACGUCGGUUCCGGGCGUGUUUGCGGGCGGCGACAUGGUACGUGGCCAGUCGUUGGUCGUUUGGGCCAUCGCCGAAGGCCGUGACGUGGCCCGUGGCGUUGACGCCUACUUGACGGGAUCCUCCCGUCUGCCCCGAACCGAGGCGGCCACUUAG